AGCAGUGAGCAUUGAGCAAAAUACAAAUGAAAAUAAAUGAAAAAACACAAAUUGUUUUUGUUUUAGAAAGUUACGGAAGCGAGUUUCUACUAAGUUAAUCAAAUAUUGUAGAAAACUAUGGCAGACACUGAGGAAUUGAUGAUAAACUUGCUUGAGAAGAUCAAGUACGGAGAAAAUCUUAUGGCUCAAUUGAAAGAGAUUCAUAACAUUGAUGGGGUGAUGAAAUUACACCGUAAAAUCAAACAAGAAACAGAGUUUCUCAAAAAGUUACAGAGAAUGAAUAAAAUAAAAAUAGAACAACUAGCCUGCUCUAAUCUUCGUCACCUCGGAGCAAUGGUGGAGUGCGCGUUGCGGCCUUCAACUGUUUCAGUGUGCAAAAUAUUCCAUAUUGAUGAAGACACAAAGUUGGUUAUAGACAUAAUCAGUGAAGAGGGGAAAAUUUGGACAAAAGUAAUAGCCAGAAACCCAAAGUCACUAUCCGCCCUUAGUUCCGGAAAAGCUUCCUAUGGUGCUAGGUCCAUUCUAGACCAAGCCGAGGACUACAUGAGAUGUGCCAAGUUGUACCCUUGCAUGUAUCAACCCCCAAAGGUUGUAUUUGAAUUUGUUAGUGGCAUUGAGGAGAGAUUAGCAAAUAAAUUACAAUCCAUUGGAGUUGUAUUAAAGGGCCAAAUCAUCCCUAAUUCCAGUUUACCCGAAGACUAUGAUGAUGAUGACUCGUGGGAUUCAGAAGAUAGUGAUGAAGAAUUAGAUGUACAAAACAGACACCCAAGUGCCUUAGAAGAUGUGACACAUUGCAUGAGUGAACAUCCAGAAAUAAACACCCUCAACCUGGAUGUCACUACAAUGAUGGCCUAUAUCAGCAACAUGACUAAUGGCCACUGCAAAUAUGUAUUCAAACAAGAAGUUCUGACACAACAAUCUGAAUGGGAAUCUGAAAGGCCAGUGAAGCCUGUACUUGAACAGUUAUUUGAAGGUAAAAAACUAGUUUGUUGUCAAACAGCCUGGGAUAACUUUGAAAAGAUUGUGACAACCCUCGGUGGGCCAAUGGAGAAACAGCGGGCAGAGGAACUGAAAACGAUGUUAAGCAUCUUACCUGAUGAUUUUGGAGGUGAAGAUGAUUACCCCAGACGAAGUUUGCAAGUCCGAGGGAAUGUUAGAUUGAGAUCCAAAACUAUAUUUAACUUUGGUCACAGAAUCAAGGCACUCACAGUCUCCGCUAAUGAAGGAUUUGUGAGAUCUGCUGAACAGCAGGGAGUUGCUUAUGCAGCAUACAUACAUGAAUCAAGAGCCCUUACAGAAGGCAAAGAAGGAUCCGCUACAAAAAUAACUUCAUGACAUUGGUGCCGAAAAACCGCUAAACUGCCUUAUUUCCUGUGAUAUUUAUAAGCAAUAACCAAUUAUAUAUAUAUAUA